GCUCACUCUCCGCCGCCGCAGCAAACCCCUCUCUCGCCGCCGCAGCCGCCGCCGCCGAUCUCCACCCCGAAGCUACGAGGCGCCUCCUCCCAUUCUCUCUCUCAAGAAUGGCCGGGGCGAGGAGCCUGCUCCUGCGGCGCCUCCGCGUGGCGGUGGCCCCCUCCUCCUCGGCGGCGUCCCUCAGGCCCGCGGCGGCGCUGCGGGAGGCCCUGUGGGGCCGGCGGUGGAUGUCGUCGGAGGAGGCCAAGGGGUCGUUCCUGGACAAGGCCGAGGUCACCGAGCGCAUCGUCAAGGUCGUCAGGAACUUCCAGAAGAUCGACGACCCGGCUAAGGUCACACCAGAUGCACAUUUCAAGAAUGAUCUUGGACUAGAUAGUUUGGACGCAGUGGAGGUUGUCAUGGCUUUGGAAGAAGAAUUCGGUUUUGAGAUACCUGACAAUGAAGCUGACAAGAUCGACUCCAUUAAAGUUGCAGUUGAUUUCAUCGCCUCUCACCCACAAGCAAAAUGAGCGAAUCGAUUAUGUGCUGUACUUUUUAAGUUCAUAUAUGCCCCUAUAUGUUUUGUUGUCAUGGAGCCGUUGUCUAAGGUGGAAAGCAUCUGCUCUCUGCAUGAUAGCCACUUCUCUUCAGCAUUGUACCAAAUGCUAAUGUCUUGAAUUUUUGCUUCUCCAUGUGGUUUUUCCGGACCAAAUAAUACCUGAUUCUGAGGAGGCAGCCUGUCAUCUUGUA